UAACRUAAGAGGUUUUAGGGUUCUUCGUCUCUYCCUCUGCUGCAGUCGUGCGGAAUUCUGAUAGCCUUUCUGGGAUUUCCCUCGUUCGCCGUUUUUCUCCUACGAUGGUUCUUCAAAACGAUAUUGAUUUGCUGAAUCCUCCUGCUGAGCUUGAGAAGAGGAAGCACAAGCUCAAGCGUCUGGUGCAAUCACCCAACUCGUUCUUCAUGGAUGUUAAAUGCCAGGGAUGCUUCAACAUAACCACUGUCUUCAGCCACUCUCAAACUGUCGUUGUAUGUGGUAACUGCCAGACCGUCUUAUGCCAGCCAACUGGAGGGCGUGCCAGACUCACCGAGGGGUGUUCUUUCAGGAGAAAGGGCGAUUGAUGAUGAUGAGGUCUCCUUGUUUUGUUUUAUUGAGAAGAAAAUGAAGUCGCUGUUUUGAUCAUGGUAUAUUUAUCUUUCUUGUACGCUAUCAGACUUGAUUAUGCUGUCUCUCUUAAAUAGAUUAUAUUUGGCUCUAGAGUUAUCUGGUUUUUUUGUUUAAAAGAUGAAUUUUUAUGUACUGAACUGUUAGUUUCAUUUAGUAAAGCUUAACUUUCUUUUAUCUA